AUGAGUGCUGCAAAAUUAGGAAUUCUUCUUAUAAGAACCAUCGCUAAGCCUAUAGCCAGUAGUAUAAAAGAGUAUAGCAAACGACAUCCAUACUUUAAACAAAUAUGUAUAAAUAUUGCUCAGGCAACACACAGACUUGAAAUAAAAUUAAAAAUGAAUCUUUUGGGUCAAAAAAGCGAAAAAUUUAGACCAUUGAAUGAUAAAAAAGCUGUAGAAAUUGGAGCAAAUUUUCUGGGUGAAUCUAUUGUAUUUGGAGUUGCUGGUUCUUUAAUUAUAUGGGAACAGAGGAGAUCAUAUAAAAAUUCAAAGGAACGUCAAAAUCAUUUGGAUACUACAAUAGAAAAACUAAGGGAAGAGAUAUCAGAAAUAAAUUCAAAUAUUGACAUGUAUGAAAAUGAUCAAGAGCAAAUGAGAAUAAAUUUUGAAAAUUUAAAAAAUGAUAAUGAGAAAUUAAAAAGUAUAUUAAAUCAAACUUUAAAUAAAGGUUUAGGAUUGAAAAUUCUUGAUGUUUCUGAAAAAAUCUAG